UUAAGUUCAGGGUGGGCCUGUGGCUCCCCUGUUUGGUGUCAAUGUCCCGCUGACACUUGUCAACCUCACCUGUCAUCCUUCCAAUUUUAUCAAAAAUAAAAAUAUGUUUAGUGUUUUCUUGGUGUGAGAUCGUUUCAAAAUGAGUGCUAAAUUACCAGAAGCCCCUUCUGGUGGCAUUGACAACGCCCUGGACGACGUGGUCGUCCAAGACAUCCUCAACUCCUUCACCGACCUCCGGCAGUACUCCAAAGAAAUCGAAAAAGAACUCAAAGAGGCCGAGGAUAAAUCAAUUCAAGACUACAUCAAAGAAAGCGCAAACAUUGCAAGUCUCCACAACCAAAUUUCAGCGUGUGACGAGAUUCUGGAACGGAUGGAGUCAAUGUUGGUGGGGUUCCAGACCGACUUGGGGAGCAUCAGUAGCGAGAUUUUGUCAUUACAAAGAAAAUCAAUUUCCAUGAGUCAAGAACUGAGUAACCGACAGGCGAUCAGGGGGCAGUUGAGCCAAUUUAUCGACGAUAUGGCUGUCCCUGAGUCACUUAUCGUCGGUAUUAUGGAGAACCCAGUCACUGACAAGGAGUUUCUAACCCAACUCCAAAUUCUCAACCACAAAAUCAGCUUCGUAAAAGAGCAGAGUUUCAAAGAAUCAAAAUCGUGUCUCGACGUUAAGGAGAUUUUGGAAAAACUUAAAAUUAAAGCCAUGUCGAAGAUUAGGACCUAUUUGUUAGAACAAGUCUACAAGUUUAGGAAACCAAUGACGAAUUACCAGGUGCCUCAGAACAACAUGUUGAAGUACAAAUUCUUCUUUGAAUUUAUUUUGUCCAACGAGCGAAAUGUGGCGCAAGAGAUUUGCAAUGAAUAUGUUGAUACAAUGAGCAAAAUUUACUUCUCGUAUUUUAAAUCGUAUUCUGGGAGAAUUAUGAAGCUACAGUACGAGGAGUGUACCACGAAGGACGACUUGAUGGGGAUUGAGGAUACGGCCACGAGGGGGCUGUUUAACAAGUCCCUCAAACACAAAGGCACUGUUUUCACCAUAGGGAACAGGGGGGACGUCCUAGCCCAGCAGUUGGAAGCCCCCAUAAUCGUUCCCCAUGCCCAGUCAAAAAAUAGGUACCCUUUUGAAGCCCUCUUCAGAAGCGAGCAAUACGCUCUAGUUGACAACGCCUGCCGCGAGUAUUUAUUUGUGAGCGAAUUUUUCAUGGUAAGGGGGCAACCAGCGUUGGACUUAUUUAAUCAAAUUAUGGGGAAAACAACCGGCCUUUUGAAGAAAAACUUGGAAACGUUCGUGUCUGACUGUUACGACACCAUCGCGCUUUUUCUCUGCUUCCAUUUAAUUCUGCGUUACAAAAUCAUGUGUCACAAACGUUGCGUGCCGGCCCUGGACGAUUACUGGGACAAUUUGGAAAAAAUAAUUCUGACACGUUUCGAAUACGUGUUUCGGCUCAACAUCGCCAGCAUCAGGGAUUGCGACCCGACCAAGUUUAAUCUGGAGAUGGGGCCGCAUUAUAUCACGCGUCGUUACGCCGAAUUCAGCGCCGCUUUGGUCGGAAUAAGCGAGAAUUUUCCAAACGAACUGGUCAACUGUCUCUUGGCCGAGUUGCAAGAAGAGGUGGAGUUGUUUAUUUUACGCAUGGCUGGGAUUUUCCCCGAGCGGAAAGAGCAGCUCAUUUUUCUGAUCAAUAAUUACGAUAUGAUCCUACAUGUCAUAAUGGAGCGGACGAGAGACAACUCAAAGGAGGCUGAGACUUUCAAGAGUCGGCUUUCUUCAAGGAGUGGCGAGUACGUGGAAGAGAUUCUCAGCCCGCAUUUCGGGGAGUUGAUGCAAUACGUUAAGGAAUGCGAGUAUUUGCUCGAGAAAAGCAAGACUGAAGAGGUGAAGAAGAUGGAGGGGAAAUCACUGGCGAUUGUGCAACAUUUUUCCGCUAAUUGGAAGAAGAGUUUGGAGGAGUUGAAUCGGGAGGUGCUGCUGUCGUUUCCAAAUCUUGUCACCGGAUCGAGUUUACUACAGUUGGCUUUGACGCAGCUAGUGCAAUAUUAUCAUAGGUUUCACAAGUUGUUAACGCCUAAUGUUAGGACUCAACUGACUAAUAUUCACCUCAUUAUGGUCGAAAUGAAAAAAUACAAGACUAAUUACUAGAAUUGUUAGGGACUUAAAUGAAUUUAUUGUGAUGCUUAGGGAAUUCGUUGUGUGUUUAUAUUGUCAUUUUUAAUGAUUUCGCACGUUGCAUAAUAAAUAAUUAACUCGGAAUAA